AGCAAAACCCUAGCAACUUGCGUCUCACUGGUGCUGAGCUGCUCACCGAGCUUCUGAGUUAUGGCGGAGAUGAUCCUCACCUCCGAGAAACCUUCCAACUCUUCAUCGUUGAAUCCUCCUUCCCGGAUAAUUUGCCACGUCUUUUGGACUAGACUCGACCAUUUGGUUCAUCCUGGUUGCUCUAUGCUCUUAUUGGGAUGUAAAGGCCCUUUUUUUUCACAGGUUCUUGAACACUGAGAUAGACUGAGAUUAACAGGAGAAGUUAAAUUGGAGCGGAUCUGUGGCAAAAUUGUGUACUAUGUUCGGAAGGUGCCAGAAGCAAUUUUCACAAUAUACAUGCCCUCGAUGCAACUCUCGGUACUGUUCCCUCCACUGUUAUAAGUCGCAUAGUCUUCGAUGCACUGAGUCCUUCAUGCGAGAAAAUGUAGUUGAGGAGCUUCGGCAGAUGCAGUCCAAUGAUGAAACUAAACGGAAAAUGCUAGACAUAUUGAAGCGGUUCCAUUCAGAUGAGGAAAUAGAGAGCAUGGAUGAGGAUGAUUCAACUGUGUCUGAAGAGAUUAUUCAAAGGAUUUUGUCCGGAGAUCAAGUUAAUUUCGAUGAUUUAUCUGCAGUAGAGAAGAAACAGUUCCAUAGAGCGCUCGCAUCAGGGGAACUGAGUAAAAUGAUUGAGCCAUGGGAUCCAUGGUGGUUGAAGCCUUCUGCACGAACAAUAUCCCUCAGUCAGGAAGGAACUCAACUCAUCCAGGCACUUGACAAGCAGGAAGCAUCGGUAGUACCACAAGAAGAUUUAGAAGGUAACCAAUCAAGUGAGAUUCCUCCUGGCCCCGAAAGUCCACUACUUCCAAUUAGCAAGCUUAGUUCCACAGAGCCAUCACCAUUGUUGGCUGUUCACCUGGUUGACAUUUUAUAUAGCUACUGUUUUGCACUUCGACUAUACAACGGAGAAUGGCAAUCAGAUGCCAUAGGAUCAGCCAUGGUGGUGUUGAGUGUUUCCUCUGUCUUGGGUCAAGGCAGGCAACCAGAAACUGUGUUGGAAGCUCUGUCUCAUUGCUUGGAGCAAAUUUGCUCUCCAGCUUACAGACACAUGGGUGGCUUGCAACUUGGAUUGGCUCUUGUUGAAGAUGUGAUAAGCCUACUCUCUCUUGGGGGUCCUGCUUUGGUGUGUUCGCUUUGUGAUCUGCAGAGGCUGAUUCAGACUGGGGAGAAGGAACUGAAGUCGGAGAAACCCAAAAAGUACACAAGGGUGGAAAUUAGGAGUAAGCUCAAGCUUGCCGGGAGGAAGAUCUAUUUCAUGAUGUGUUGGGUCCAUGAGCAGCCGGGUGAAGCUUGGUCUUCCUUAGCAGCCAUUUUAGGUGCAGAGAAAAGCUCUGCAGUUGAUUAUUAUGGAGGCAGUAAGCAAGCUGUGAAAACGAACAAUAAGGAAGAAACCAGAGGCAAGGUUUUGGUUGAAGAGACUUAAGUGAUAGCAUAUGUUAUGAGGAUAGGUGAAUUAUUACCUUUUUGUUUUCUUAGCUGAAAAUGUAUAUGAAAAAUUUUCGUCAUCCGAAUCAAGCACGCAUAUGAAAGGAAUAUUGAAACUUUUUA